GAAUGUUUGACAUCUUAUCAAACUUCUUAUAUUGAUUUAUACCAGUCAUAUUUUAUUUAUACACGUAUACAUGAUUAUUUAAAGAAGAAACAAAUUCGAAGUUGUUUGGGCAUAUGAUGCGAAAGCCCUUCACGAUUCCGAACAAGGAGUGCAAGGAAUCUACAAAGGACUCUAAUUCUUUUGAAGACCACGAACUGCUUAACCUUCGGCUCACAUUUACUGAAGAAGUAGACCAAGCACCACAAGACAAGCCUUCCUGCUCCGGAGACGCAAUUAAAUCGACAAACAAACGCCAAACUCAUCCCUUGCGUAACCCAAACCACCGAUUGCCAAACUUAUAUAAUCUCCCUCAAGGUUACAACAAAAAGAUUGAGCACAAAACUAAUCUAGCUGACUGUGCUGAUUGCGCACAGUCGAACGACAAAGUGCAAGACGUCGAACCAACGACCAGUCAAGACGAUUGCUUGUCCCCUACAACAAAAAACAAGGAAAUCCCCCAUGAAGAUAACACCACGAUAAACUCAUACCCACAAGAACGACCUGAGUCUCGAACCUUUCCCUUCAAAUUAACCCCCAGUGGCAAUUUCAAAGUCAAUUCGGAUCAGGUAAUUUUCGUUUCCGACAAAUUCAGUGUACUUGUGGCGGAUCCGGCAAACACCCAAGUAAACAUAAAUUCCGAUCCCCAGUCCACCAUGUCGCAACCGUCCGAAGACAUACCACAAUCCGCGGCCAUGGCCGCCAUUAACGAACACUUCCACGGAAGCGUCUCCAAUAUUGGAUCGGUGUUUGCGACAAGUCCCACCAGGAGCUCCCAAAAGGAAGCCUCCGAAUACGACACCAAAAAAACGUGCGAAAUACUCGAAGAUCUUGACUUAUCUAGACUCGGAUACAGCGAGGAGUCCACAAUAAAUUGGGAUAAAGUCAAGCUACCCGAAAAGAAAAAUCUUUACCUCGAACUGCAUUCAAGAAUCAUCAAUUAUAAGAAUACAGACUGUAAAGUUUGUAUUGGGAACGAAGAAUUUAAUUGUCACUUAAUAGUUCUUCAGUGCUACUCCGAAGCUUUCAACGGUUACAGUGCAGUGAAAAAGGUGGAAUUACCUCAGGAAGUAUGUAGCGCCACAACUUUCGCUUUCAUAUACGAAUGGAUGAUAUCAGGAGAACCAUCGUAUCAAGAACUCACACGACAUAAUGUUUUGGAUAUUUUUACUGCCGCAAAAUAUCUUAAAAUGAAUGAUCUGGUUGAGCAAUGCUGGUACUUCAUAGAUGACCAGGAAGUUUUCAGCGAAGCGACCGCCUUCUUCCUGUACAUGACGGCGAAAAAGAAAAAUUUGCGAGAAAUUCGCGAAAUAAUGAUUCCCAGAAUUCAGAAUUUCUUCCUAAUGUUAGUUGGGUCCCAGGACUGGCUCGAACUAGAUAUUGACGACGUCAAAGAUUUCCUCACUUCCAAUUAUAUUUCUAUUAAUUGUGAAAUGGAGGUCUUCAUGUCAGCUGUAAGAUGGUUAAAACACGACUGGGAUAACAGAAGUGUCCACAAAUACCAGCUUUUGGAGUGCGUCCGUUUCGGCAACAUUGCCCCGUGGCAAUUGAUCGAUAUCAAAAGAAACCCAGAGAAUCCUGAAUUCAUGGAACUAACCAAGGAUCCAAUGGUUUGCAAAAUGAUCGACGAUGGCCUGGCAUACGUAAUAAUUAAGUAUUGGUACGGCCAAGAGAACAGCGAAUUCCAACACUGGAAUUCAGUUUUGGGACUAAAUGAGCCACCAAUCAGAAACUGGACUGGAUGUGACAAGACUUACUUCACCUAUAGGGAGUUUGUGAUAUACCUCGACCAGUACAGGAGAACCCAUUUGGACGAUAAGGGCAAGGCCAAAAAGGAAGUAACAAUGUCUCCUAGAAUAACAACAAAUGCAGACGAAUUUAUGUGUACGAAAAAAGUAAGUGCGAAUAAGAAACUCAGUAAGCUUGAAAAUUUAAGUUCAAAUCCAGAUACGAAGACUCCAAUAAAUCCGAAUCCAAUUUCUAAGCCCGCAAAAGUGGUUCCUAAAAUUGAAAUUGCAGCAAAGCCGCAUGAGGAGAUGAAACCUGUUGUAGAAACUAACACAAAAUUACCAGAUAAAUGUGACAAAUUGUUUCCGAAAAAGGUGUUGAAGCUUUUCCAGUCAGUAUCGAAAAUGAACACAACUCCAGAUAAUACAUCAUUAUUUAACCGGGAUAAAGAAACUGUUCUUAUCUUUGGUGGCUUUGAUCCACAUGGAAAUUAUGGCGUCGGUAGAAACACAGGGAAGGAUAUUUUCCAAUACAAACCAAGGGACAAUACUUGGGAAUAUGUGGGAGAUCUGCCAGAGCCGAGGUACUAUCACUGCAUUGCCUUCUUCAGAGGACGGGUAUAUCUUGUGGGUGGAGCCGAUCCAAGGGAGGAGGGCAAGUGUAAAAGUAAGGUCGUCAAUACCGUUUGGAGUUUCGACCCCACAAACAGAUAUUGGUAUCAUGAAGGCAACUUGAUGAUGCCAAGAAAGCAUUUUGGUCUCGUCGUGUGCAAUCAAAUGUUAUUCGCUAUAGGCGGUCAAGAUAAACAAAAGGUUUUAAGAUCAGUAGAAAAGUAUAACAUCUACCAAUCGUCGUGGGAGGAAGUGGCACCAUUGAAACAAGCCAGAACUGGACUUUGUUGUUCCCAGUUUAAAGAUUGCAUUUGGGUAGCUGGUGGACUUUCGGGAUUAAAAAAUAGUACCAUUCUCGACUCGGUGGAAUGUUACAAUACAAAAACUAACCAAUGGACGGAAAUCACGAAACUGAGUUUUCCUCGUUGCUUUUCAUGUUUGUUUUUGUUGCAAGAUCGUUUGUUUAUCAUCGGCGGUGCCGAGAAAUCAACUAGCCAUUCUACAAGUUUAGAUAUAGUGGAGCAGUGGGACGAAGAUUCGGAGAAGUGGAAGUCGAAAAUUGAAAUGGAGAUUCCCAGACAUGGCCAUAUUGUUACCAAUUUUGGAACGCAAUUAAUGAUUAUCGGGGGAGUCACCACCGCUUACAAGAAAGCUUUGAACAGUAUCGAGUGUUUUUGCAUUGAAAGAGGUACAUGGGUGAGCGGCAUUUCUAAUUUGCCCAAUGCUUUAUCUGGCCAUGCCGCUGUUACAUUGCCCCCGUCGAAUUGUCUGCACUGAAAUAUUUGCCCUUAUUUAUGGCCCCAUUUUGAAAACCCCGCUUUGUAUUACGCCGCUCUACACGGCGGUAGUGUCGUAGCGUUAUCAUAGAUGACGCUCGUAUAAGUGCCGUUUACACGAUAAUAGUAUUUUAUUUAUUGUUUUAUUUGAAAUUUUACUGAAUUUUAAUAGUAAAUAAAGUAAAAAAUGUUCAAAA